CAUCCAUCCAUCCACCCACCUCCAUUGAUAGUGGCAAAAGCCUGGUGGGGGCCACCGUCUACUACCUGGCAUCGAUCACAUCUGGCAGCACAAAUGUCACCUAUUUUGAGCCAGGUGUUCCUCUCCUGGGCCAGUGCAGGAAUUUAAGAUUCAUUGAUUUUUUUUUCUAUUCAUCAACACCUCCACCCCCCCUUUUCCUUCCUCUCCUGCUGCACCCUGCUUCCCCCUUUAACCUACCACUGGGUUUUUGGGAAGAUGGGCUGUCUGGGCAACAGUAAGACUGAAGACCAACGCAAUGAGGAGAAGGCACAGAGGGAGGCCAACAAGAAGAUCGAGAAGCAGCUCCAAAAAGACAAGCAGAUCUACCGGGCGACUCACCGGCUACUACUGUUAGGGGCUGGCGAGUCUGGUAAAAGUACAAUAGUCAAACAGAUGCGAAUAUUGCACGUGAACGGCUUCAACGCAGAGGAGAAAAAACAGAAAAUUCAUGAUAUUAAAAACAACAUAAAAGAAGCUAUAGAGACGAUUGUAGCCGCCAUGACUACACUCACACCUCCAUGCAAGCUAGCCUGUCCUGCAAACCGCUUCCGGAUCGACUACGUCCUCAACCAAGCAAGCCAAAAGGAUUUUGACUUUCCCUCAGAAUUUUAUGAUCACGCUAAAAUCCUCUGGCAGGACGAGGGUGUACGGGCAUGUUGGGAAAGAUCCAAUGAAUAUCAACUCAUCGACUGCGCGCAAUACUUUUUAGACAGAAUUGAUGUGGUCAGACAAAACGACUACACGCCCACGGAUCAGGACCUCCUGAGAUGCAGAGUGCUGACAUCUGGGAUCUUUGAGACGAGAUUUCAAAUAGACAAAGUUAACUUCCAUAUGUUUGAUGUUGGAGGUCAGAGAGAUGAACGCCGAAAAUGGAUCCAGUGUUUUAACGACGUGACGGCCAUCAUCUUUGUGGUGGCGAGCAGCAGCUACAACAUGGUAAUCAGAGAAGACAAUCAGACAAACAGACUACAGGAAGCCCUCAACCUUUUCAAGAACAUUUGGAACAACAGAUGGCUACGGACCAUUUCUGUAAUCCUCUUCCUGAACAAACAAGACUUACUCGCAGAGAAGGUGUUGGCGGGGAAGUCCAAAAUUGAGGAGUAUUUUCCAGAGUUUGCACGAUACACCACACCUGAUGAUGCAAUACCAGAACCAGGAGAGGACCCGCGAGUCACCAGGGCCAAGUACUUCAUACGGGAUGAGUUUCUGAGGAUCAGCACAGCCAGUGGAGACGGAAGACACUACUGUUACCCUCACUUCACCUGCGCAGUGGACACGGAAAACAUCCGGCGUGUCUUCAAUGACUGUCGAGACAUCAUACAGAGAAUGCACCUACGGCAGUACGAGCUCUUGUGAUGCGCACUGCUAAUCUACCUACCGACCAAGCAAAAGCCCUCCACCGUGACUGGUUUACCCGCCUCCCCUCCAGUUCAACCAAUGUCACCUAAACACGAGGAAGCAAGAGACCAGGUGUUCUAACACAAACACAGCUUUCCCCGCAUCACAACUUCGAACAAAGAGUGAAGAGGAAACUUGCUUUUCUGUCUUUGACUCAAAGGAACACGAACAUGUUCGGACCGACCCAGAACGAAGGGUUGAGACUGGAAUCUGUGGACGAUCCGCCCUGUCGUCCCUCUCUCAGACCUUCAAAUACACACUCGCAAAAAUACUGUGGAAUAGGACUCAUGGACCUCUGCGUAUCUUUUACUAAUGCAGUCAUAAACGCAAUCAUUUUUAAACCACUUCCCCACUAUAACAGUUUUCAGAGGGACAAUACAAUAGAGAGAGAGGUGGGAUUUUUUUGUUGUUUCGUUUUACUUAAGAAAAGGCUCGAACAAUGGACAGGCAGGGUGGUACACCGCAACAUAGAGGGCUGUUGUGCCUGAUUCCAAACAAAGAGACUCGGUCACUAAAGGCUGCCUGUGGACAUUUGCGCGACUGCGUUACGCCGCACAGCUCUCGAGGAAAACCAGUCAAGGCUGGACUGCAGAAAACUACCAACAUUUAAAAACAAAAAAAGUCAAAUAUCAUACAAAUGCAUUGAUUCAUGCUCACCAGUGAACUACAUGCAGUGCAAAAAACUUUAAUCUAUAUAUAUAAAUAUAUGUAUAUAUAUAUAUAUACAUGUAUGUAUAUAUAUAUACAUAUAUAUAAAUUAUAUAUUCCUGUUAUGACGCAGUUCAACUUUUACGUUUUUGUUAGUUUUUAUCUCAUGUUGUUUGUCAAUGUACACUGUGUGAUCUGCCUUGUGCACCAUUUAAACUCCACUUUAAAACACUCAUGCUUACAAAUAACUAAAAAUACUCAUCCCCGCCCUCCUCCCAGCUGUCUGUCUGCAACAUAUGGAAAAUAAGUGUAAGUUUUUUAUUUAACACAAUAAAUAAAAGCUUAGCAAAAAAGGGGGGAAGCAUGAAGUCAAGAACAUAUCGACUGAAUGCAGCAUUUAGAGUAGAAACACACACAUACCUACUCCUGCCCUCGUCACAUCGGUCCCCUCCUUCCUUGCCUUUUGUCUUUGUCUCACACCUCCACUGCUCCCACUUACCUCCCCUGGCUUCGAGUAUGUCUCUUUAUUUUACUGCUGGACUAUUAUUCUUGUACAGACUGUAAAAUGUAUUAUUUUGUACAACUUUAAUGAAGAAAAAAAAACAAACUUGUAGAAGAUCCCUGUGCCUUGAUCAUGACUGUACUUGUAAAAAAAAAAAAAAAAAAAAGGAGCUAAUACUUGAGUUAUGAUGUUUCACUCCGCUGGACGGGACGGUCAAACCCACAAGCAAAGCGGAGCCGUCGGGUCACGUCGAGCAGGAGUUUCUCCCUGUUUUCACUCAUUUAUUUGUUCCUUGAUAAACUCUUUUUGCUUUGCGUCUCCCCUGA